AAAGCAGUGUGUUUGGUAGCCCUGACUGAAAAGGCAGAAAAUAGUGUGGUUAACCAGAAGAAUAACCAACAAUGGACCACAAGACCUAUUGUGUGAAACUAAAUGAUGGCAACCUCAUGCCUGCACUGGGAUUUGGUACUGCUAGAAAAUGGGAGGUUCCUAAAAUUGAGUCUUUGGAGGCCACCAAAUUAGCUAUCGAUGCUGGUUUCCGGCAUUUUGAUUCAGCUUAUACAUACAGCAUUGAAGAGGAGGUUGGACUGGCAAUCAGAAGCAAGAUUGCGGAAGGAAUUGUGCAAAGAAAAGAGAUAUUCUAUACUUCAAAGCUUUGGUGCACCUUCCAUCAACCAGAGCUUGUUCGACCAGUCUUGGAAGAUACAUUGAGAAAACUUCAACUGGAUUAUGUUGAUCUCUACGUUAUUCAUUUUCCAAUGCCUUUGAAGCCAGGUGAACAACUAUUGCCAAAAGGUGAAGAUGGAAAAGUAUUAUAUGACACCGUGGAUCUCUGUACCACAUGGGAGGCCAUGGAAAAAUGUAAGGAUGCAGGGUUGGCCAAGUCCAUUGGGGUCUCUAACUUUAACCGCAGACAGCUGGAGAUGAUCCUGAACAAGCCAGGGCUCAAAUACAAACCUGUUUGCAACCAGGUGGAAUGUCACAUUUAUCUCAACCAGAGCAAACUGCUGGAUUUCUGCAAGUCCAAGGACAUUGUUCUGGUGGCCUAUGGUGUUUUGGGGACACAAAGAUAUGAAAACUGGGUGAAUCCGGACACCCCAGUUCUCUUAGAAGAUCCAGUUCUUUGUGCCUUGGCAAAAAAAUACAAGCGAAGUCCAGCCCAGAUUUCCCUGCGAUACCUACUCCAGCGUGAAAUUGUGGUCUUGGCCAAGAGUUUCAGUGAGAAGCGGAUCAAAGAGAAUAUGCAGGUUUUUGAAUUCCACUUGACUCCUGAAGAUAUGAAAACCCUAGAUGGCCUGAACAGAAAUAUUCGAUAUUUCACUGCCAGUCCUUUGAGAGGACAUCCUAACUACCCAUUUUUGGAUGAAUAUUGACAUUGAGCCCUACUCAUGUCUUCUAUCAGAAGCUUCUGCAUUCAUUUCACCAUACGGGGACCUUUCAAAAACUGGAUA